GACAUAAAACCGCGGUUCUUGCUCUGACGCGGUGGGUGUAAAGUGCCGGCUAGGGCCCCGCGUUGGAUUCCACUUCGAUUUUGGAAGGUUGACUGCAUGGUUCGGUUGUAGUCUCUGGGAACACACAAACACACUCCAUUAAAAGAGAGCAUCGUCUGAUCCGUCCCAUCUUUUUCUUCACCCAAGGUCCUGCAUGUCUAAAAUUUAGACAUGUUCAGCUUUGUGGAUUCACGGACUGUUCUGCUACUUGUAGCAUCCCAAGUUGUUUUAAUAUCCAUUGUCAGAUGCCAGGAAGAGGAUGACCAGGAGGCAGGCAGCUGCAUCCAGGAUGCCCAACGCUAUAACGAUAAGGAUGUGUGGAAGCCGGAGCCGUGUCGUAUCUGUGUGUGUGACAGCGGGUCAGUGCUGUGUGAUGAGAUCAUCUGCGAGGAGAUCAGAGAGUGUGCCAACCCCAUCAUCCAACCUAGAGAGUGCUGCCCCAUCUGCCCUGCGGACGCCAGCGCCCCAACUGAGGCGGUGAUUGGUGCUAAGGGCCAGAAAGGGGAACCAGGCGAGAUUGCAGAUGUUGUAGGACCGAAUGGACCAGCAGGCCCUAUGGGCCCCUCGGGCGAGCAGGGACCACGUGGAGAAGCUGGCGCUAAGGGUGAUAAGGGAAAUGUUGGCCCCAGAGGCAGAGAUGGCGAGCCUGGAACCCCCGGGAACCCCGGAACCCCUGGCCCUCCCGGACCCAACGGACCCCCAGGUCUUGGCGGGAACUUCGCGGCUCAGAUGGCUGGUGGAUUCGAUGAGAAAGCCGGAGGCGCACAGAUGGGAGUGAUGCAAGGACCUAUGGGCCCUAUGGGUCCCCGUGGUCCACCUGGCCCUUCUGGAGCCCCUGGCCCACAAGGUUUCCAAGGUAACCCCGGAGAGACUGGAGAGCCAGGCCCUGCUGGUGCACUGGGACCCCAAGGACCCCCUGGACCUUCUGGCAAACCAGGAAGUGAUGGUGAGGCUGGCAAACCUGGAAAGGCUGGUGAACGUGGACCUGCAGGACCUCAGGGAGCUCGUGGAUUCCCCGGAACUCCUGGUCUUCCCGGAAUCAAAGGACACAGAGGUCAUCCUGGUCUUGAUGGAUCUAAGGGAGAGGGUGGUGCUGCUGGAGCCAAGGGCGAGGGUGGCGCUCCCGGAGAGAACGGCGCCCCUGGACCAAUGGGACCACGUGGUCUGCCUGGCGAGAGAGGCCGUCCCGGAGCUUCUGGCUCUGCUGGUGCCCGUGGUAACGAUGGCUUGCCUGGCCCUGCUGGUCCUCCUGGGCCUGUUGGACCUGCUGGAGCACCUGGUUUCCCUGGAUCCCCUGGCUCCAAGGGAGAAGCUGGCCCCACUGGUGCCCGUGGAGCUGAGGGCGCACAGGGACCCCGCGGAGAGGCUGGCACACCCGGAUCUCCCGGUCCCGCUGGCGCCUCUGGCAACCCUGGUACUGAUGGUAUCCCCGGAGCUAAAGGAUCUGCUGGUGCUUCUGGUAUUGCUGGUGCACCUGGUUUCCCAGGACCCCGUGGCCCCCCCGGACCUCAGGGAGCAACAGGACCUCUUGGGCCCAAGGGCCAGUCGGGAGACCCUGGUAUUCCUGGUUUCAAAGGAGAGGCUGGACCCAAGGGAGAGCUUGGCCCUAUUGGUCCCCAAGGCGGCCCUGGCCCCGCUGGCGAGGAGGGCAAACGAGGAGCAAGAGGAGAGCCGGGUGCUGCUGGACCACUUGGACCUCCUGGCGAGAGAGGAGCUCCCGGUAACCGUGGUUUCCCGGGUCAGGACGGUCUUGCUGGUGCUAAGGGAGCCCCUGGUGACCGUGGUGUUCCCGGCGUGGGUGGGCCUAAGGGAGGCACUGGUGACCCCGGCCGCGCAGGAGAGCCUGGUCUUCCCGGAGCCAGAGGUCUCACUGGUCGCCCCGGAGAUGCUGGUCCUCAAGGCAAAGUUGGCCCUGGUGGUGCUGCUGGUGAGGACGGUCGCCCCGGCCCACCUGGUCCUCAGGGAGCACGUGGCCAGCCUGGUGUGAUGGGAUUCCCCGGACCAAAGGGAGCCAAUGGUGUGCCUGGCAAGGCAGGAGAGAAGGGUCUUGUGGGUCGUCAAGGUCUGAUAGGUCUGUCUGGUAAAGAUGGUGAGACUGGCGCUGCCGGACCUAACGGCCCUGCUGGACCUGCUGGAGAGAGAGGAGAGCAGGGAGCUGCUGGGCCAUCUGGCUUCCAGGGUCUGCCUGGACCUGCUGGCCCCCCGGGAGAGGGAGGCAAGCCUGGUGAUGCGGGUGUUCCUGGAGAGGCUGGUGCUGCAGGCGUUACGGGACCCAGAGGCGAACGUGGUUUCCCUGGUGAGAGGGGCGGUGCAGGAUCUCAGGGUCUGCAGGGACCUCGUGGACUUCCUGGAACUCCCGGAACCGAUGGACCCAAGGGAGCCAUUGGGCCAACUGGUGGUGCUGGAUCUCAGGGACCCCCCGGCCUGCAGGGUAUGCCAGGAGAGAGAGGAGCUGGUGGUAUCCUUGGAGCCAAAGGUGACAGAGGUGACAACGGCGAGAAAGGACCUGAGGGCGCUCCUGGAAAGGAUGGUUCCAGAGGCUUGUCUGGUCCCAUUGGUCCUCCUGGCCCAGCUGGUCCCAACGGCGUGAAGGGUGAGGGUGGACCUUCUGGCCCAACUGGUGCGGCUGGUGCCCGUGGUGCUCCUGGUGACCGUGGUGAGGGUGGUCCUCCUGGGCCUGCUGGCUUCGCUGGGCCUCCUGGUGCAGAUGGUCAGCCUGGAGCCAAGGGAGAGUUUGGCGAGGCUGGACAGAAGGGAGAUGGUGGUGCCCCUGGACCUCAGGGACCCUCUGGGGCCCCUGGACCUGUGGGUCCCACUGGUGUUUCUGGAUCUAAAGGAGGCCGGGGUGCCCAGGGUGGCGCUGGUGCUACUGGUUUCCCUGGUGCUGCUGGAAGAGUUGGAUCUCCCGGUCCCAACGGUAACCCUGGUGCUGCUGGCCCCGCUGGUCCUGCUGGUAAAGACGGUCCUAAGGGAGUUCGCGGUGACGCUGGCACCCCAGGAAGACAGGGAGAUGCCGGGCUGCGUGGAGUUGCUGGAGCCCCUGGCGAGAAGGGGGAUGCUGGAGAAGACGGCCCCCCUGGCCCUGAUGGUCCUUCAGGUCCCCAUGGUCUGGCUGGGUCUCGUGGUAUUGUUGGUCUGCCUGGGCAGCGUGGAGAGAGGGGCUUCCCUGGUCUUCCUGGACCGUCUGGAGAGCCCGGUAAGCAGGGAGCUUCUGGUGCUGGUGGUGACCGUGGACCGCCUGGCCCUGUGGGACCCCCUGGACUGUCUGGACCUGCAGGAGAGCCCGGAAGAGAGGGCAACGCUGGAUCUGAUGGACCCCCUGGUAGAGAUGGAUCCACUGGAGUCAAGGGUGAGCGUGGUAACACUGGUCCUGCUGGUGCUCCUGGUGCCCCGGGCGCUCCCGGUGCCCCCGGCCCUGUCGGCCCCCUGGGCAAGCAGGGAGACAGAGGAGAGGGAGGUGCUCAAGGACCUGCCGGACCCGCUGGACCAGCUGGCGCUAGAGGAAUGGCUGGACCCCAAGGACCCCGUGGAGACAAGGGAGAGGCUGGCGAGACAGGAGAGAGGGGACAGAAGGGACACCGUGGCUUCACUGGUCUGCAGGGUCUUCCCGGACCUCCCGGCUCCGCUGGAGACCAGGGAGCUGCUGGACCUGCCGGACCUAGUGGCGCUAAAGGACCCCCUGGCCCAGCCGGUCCCGCUGGUAAGGAUGGAUCUAACGGUACCCCUGGACCCCUCGGACCCUCGGGGCCUCGUGGUCGUUCUGGAGAGACUGGUGCUGCUGGUCCUCCUGGUAACCCCGGACCCCCUGGUCCUCCUGGUCCUCCCGGCCCUGGCAUCGACAUGUCUGCCUUCGCUGGCCUGUCUCAGCCAGAGAAGUCUCCGGAUCCCCUGAGGUACAUGAGGGCUGAUGAGGCAUCCAGCUCCCUGAGGCAGCACGACGUGGAGGUGGACUCCACACUCAAGUCCCUCAACUACCAGAUCGAGAACCUGCGCAGCCCCGACGGUAGCCAGAAGAACCCCGCCCGCACCUGCAGAGACAUCAAACUGUCCCACCCCGAGUGGAAGAGUGGUGACUACUGGGUGGACCCGAACAUUGGCAGCACAGCUGAUGCCAUCAAGGUCUUCUGCAACAUGGAGACUGGCGAGACCUGUGUGUACCCCAGCAUAGCCAACGUGCCGCACAAGAACUGGUGGACAAGCAAGAGCAAGGACCGCAAACACGUCUGGUUCGGAGAGACCAUGAAUGGAGGAUUCCACUUCAGCUACGCUGAGGACGGUACCAACGCCGCCAGUAUCCAGCUGACCUUCCUGAGGCUGCUGUCCACGGAAGCGUCUCAGAGCCUCACCUACCACUGCAAGAACAGCGUGGCCUACAUGGACGCAUCCACGGGCAACCUGAAGAAGUCUCUGCUGCUCCAGGGCUCCAACGACGUGGAGAUCCGAGCUGAGGGCAACAGCCGCUUCACCUACAGCGUGGCGGAGGACGGCUGCAAGAAACACACAGGCCAGUGGGGCAAGACUGUCUUCGAGUACAAAACACAGAAGACCUCCCGUCUGCCCAUCGUGGACAUUGCUCCCAUGGACAUCGGAGGAGCGGACCAGGAGUUCGGCGUGGACGUGGGCGCAGUCUGCUUCUUGUAAAAGUGGGAGAAACAAGACGAGAAAAAAAAACUAAAACAUGAAAGAAAUAACUAUGAAACAAUACACGCUCCAAAAAAUGAAGACCGGAACUAAAAACAAAAAAAUUAUAAUUGAUAUUCUCUCUUACAAAGAAGUGCUCUCCAAGUUGUACACCCUGGAUGUUAGCACUGAAAGACACCAGCAAUAUCUGUACGUAAUUCCAGCAUUCCCCAGUCGUGUUUCCUGUGGCCCACAGUCGGUGGGAAUGAGUUUGAGCCAGAAGGAAAAGGGACCAAGCCAAGGGACGAGUGAUGGAGAAACAGAAACAUGACUCGAUGUCACUUAUUUAUUGUCUAAACUUUAAAGGGGCAUAGAUGAGGUACAGUGGGACUGGGGGGGGGGGGGGGGGGACUUCACCAUAAGAACAGCACAAGCUCCUCCCACUACAGAUCACCUAGAACCUCCCACUCAGACCUAGCUACAAAUACGCCAUUUUGAAUCAAUGUAGACCAUCAAAUAUUUUCAGUAAUUAUAAGGUGCUUCAAAAUGUGUUUUUUUUUUACCAUCAAGACCAGGAGCUAAACUUUUACUGUGUAUUAAAAAUACUUGGUUCUAUUGUUGCAAAAGUCUGUGUUUAUAAACAACCAGAUGAUUUUAUAUAUAUUUCCACAUUAUGUGUGUACAUGUGUCUAUAUGCACACCAACACUUUUUGGAAAGUGAGGUUAAAUUUGGAUAUGUUUGUCCUUGACCCCUUGAUUGCCCAUUAGAGGAAAAUGUCUUACUCGGUUGACAAACAACCCCCCCAAAAAAAUUCUAAUAAAAUUUGGGAAAUUAAAUCAGUUUUGUUUUAGUCAUCCGGAUUGUUUAAAGCUACCUCACGCUGAAAAACAAAGAGAAAAAGUUGACCUUAAAUCUUGAGCUGACCCAAAUGAGCUUUCGGGUGGAACUGGUGCUGAACAGCUAUCUUUGCUUUGCUGUCUUCAGAAGGUGCUAUGAGUUCUAGAAUUCAGUCAUUGUUCCCCCAAACCCCCACUAGCCUCACACACCACACACACACACACACCCCACCUCGGAAGACAGGUGCAGCCAUUCAAGGCAGGGAACCAAGUGACUCUGGAUAUUCUCCUAUGGAGUCUACGCCCCACAAAUAGAAUCACGGGAGUCCAAGGAGAGCUACCCAAAACAACCAGGGUGGCUCGUCUCGGUCUGUGUGAGAGGGUGUGUCAUUUCUUUUGUUGUUACUCAUUUUUAUUAUGAUCAUUUCUUGUCUAUUUUAAUUUUGUUACACUUUUAAUUGAUGUAAAUUGGAAAUAAAAAGGAAAAACCAAGUAACAAUGAAGUUUAUUUUUAAUUGCGUUUCUUUUGAGUAAGUACGGACAUAGCAUGGGAGUUGAAUAGCUUUUUUUUUGGUAACUGAACCCAAGGUCUGUAUACUUUAAGGUUUUUGUUGUAGUUGUAUUUCUUGGGAGUUCAGUUAACUUUUUUUUAUUUUUUUUAUGUUUGUGAGUGCAUGGUAUGUGUGUGAGUAUGCGAGACUGUGCGUGAGUGUGUGUUUUAGCUUUGAGAAAAUCUCAUUACACAGGAAUGAAAGUACUGUCUGUAAUCAUUCACCGGUUUCAGGGUUGGGCCGGGCAUGGUUGGCUUCUGUUUGUUUGAAUUAAUAAGCAUAAAUAAAGAAAUUGUGCUGAAUGGAA